UGGCGCACCCAGGACGGCGCGGAACAAACUAAACUCGAGAGGCGAACGAGAGAGAGGAAAAAAGAGGGGAAAAACAAGUGGAGGAGUAAAGCAGCGGGACGAGCAGAGGUGAAGGAAGCGAGGCGAGAGGGCGAUUGCGAGGUUGCUUGUGGGAUUCGCCCUCGGGUUUGAUCGGGAAGGGGAGGGAGGGGGGAGAGUCUGAUCGGGGAGGAGGAGAUGGACGUGCGGGAGCCGGUGGCGUUGGAGAUACCGGUGGAGGAUGGGGCGGCGGCGAGGCUGCCGCCGCGGAUCAGGAGGAGGCUGCUCGAGGGGAGGAGCGGCGGCGGCGGCGGGCCGACGAGCGCCGAGGAAAUCGAGGCCAAGCUCAAGGAGGCCGACCACCGGAGGCAGCAAUUCUAUGAAUGGUUGUCCUGCAAAGCAAGGAAGAAGCCGCGCAGCCCAUCAUGGUCGUCUCAAGAGGAAGAUUACGGACAGCGUCUUGAAGCCAAGCUUCAGGCAGCUGAGCAGAAAAGGUUAAGCCUCUUGGCAAAGGCACAGAACCGGCUAGCCAAGUUGGAUGAACUCCGACAAGCUGCUAAGAAUGACGUGGAGAUGCGUUUUGAGAAGGAGAAGGAAAAACUUGAGACUAGAGUUGAGUCUCGUGUCCGGCAGGCAGCGGAAAACCGCACGCGCCUUUUGCAUGCGGAUAUGCAGAGGCGGGCUGCCCUGAAGGAGAGAAAAGCAAGGUCUUUGGUGCAGAAGGCGACAUCAGAGAGCAAGUACACAGAGCGGGUGCGAUCUGAGAUCCUGCAGAAGCGUGUUGCUGCUGAGAAGAAACGGUUAGGGUUGUUAGAAGCUGAGAAGAGGAAGGCUCAGGCUCGGCUUAUGCAUAUCCAACGAGCAGCCAAGACUGUGUGCAGCCAGAGAGAAACAGAGAGGAUGAAACUAAAAGAACAGCUGGAAAGCAAACUUCAGAGGGCUAAGAGGAAGAGGGCUGAGUAUUUGAAGCAGAGAGGAAGUCCUUGCAGUUCUGCCCAUGCCGAUUACAUCAAGCAUGCAGAUAUUCUUUCAAGAAAGCUGGCAAGGUGCUGGAGAAGCUUUGUGAAGUCCAGGAAGACAACACUCGCCUUGGUUCAAGCUUAUGAUGCCCUGGAAAUUAACGGAAAAUCUGUCAAAGCAAUGCCGUUUGAGAAAUUAGCUAUGUCAAUGGAAUCUCUGACAGCUCUUGAGGCCACUAAGGCAUUGCUUGACCGGCUGGAGAAACGCCUGAUUCUCUGUCAGUCAGCAGGUUUGUCAUCUGUGGAAAAUAUUGACCAUCUACUGAAACACCUCGGAUCUCCAAAGAGAAAGGCACCUCCUAACAGACAAGGAAAACCAAGGGUUGCAGCGAAGAGGCCGGCAAGAAGUUCUGAGAUAAGCAAAUCAUCUAGAUACUCACUGAGGGUGGUACUCUGUGCUUACAUGGUUCUGGCUCACCCUAGUGCUGUUUUAAGUGGACAAGGUGAGCAAGAGAAGCUACUUAUGGAGUCGGCGACAGACUUUAUCAGGGAGUUCGAGCUGUUGGUUAAGACGGUACUUGAGGGACCAGGAAGAGCCUCAAGGCAGCCAUCCUUGGAUACUUUUACUGCUGAAUCAUCUAGUCACCAGAUGUCUUCUGAAAUUACUGGUCAGAGUAAAUUCAGGACUCAGUUGGUUAAUUUUGACAAAGCUUGGUGCGCAUACCUUUACCGUUUUGUGGUGUGGAAAGUAAAAGAUGCAAGAUCAUUGGAGGGUGAUCUUGUUAGGGCUGCAUGCAAGCUUGAGCUAUCAAUGAUGCAGACAUGUAAGUUAACUGCUGAUGGCCAGUCACACAACCUCACUCAUGAUAUGAAGGCGAUUCAGAAGCAGGUUACUGACGACCAAAAGCUCCUAAGGGAGAAAGUUCAGCAUCUAAGUGGUGAUGCAGGCAUUGAACGCAUGAACUCUGCUCUCUCAGAUGCAAGGUCAAAAUUCUUUGAAGCAAAGGAAAAUGGAAAUCCAUUGGCAACACCUGUUGCAAACAUAUCUACUCCUCUGGGCAUUAAUUUGUCUGGACAGCUCCCACCAUCUGAGAUUAGUCCGAGUUCCAAGAAAGCUGCUGAAGGAUCAAGGCCCGUUGUCCGAUCUUUGUUCGGAGCUUCUUCUUCAUCAAGCAGUACAACACCAGUGAACCUGCCAACAGAGAAUGAGCACAUGGUCAAUGAGAUGCUUCAUAAGAACGGUGUUGCAUUUGCUGGCAAAUCUGAUGCUGCCAGCACUGUUGAGAAGGAUUUGCAAACCAAAUUGAGGGAAGCAAUGGAGAAAGCUUUCUGGGAUGUGCUUACUGACUCAAUGAGAGGAGACAAACCUGACUACAGCCAACUGAUCAAUCUGGUAAAGGAAGUGAGGGAUUCGUUGCACGACUUGGCUCCCAAGGAAUGGAAGGAGGAAAUACUUGCGAACAUUGACAUCGAAAUUUUGUCUCAGGUACUUGAGUCAGGCUCCCAGGACACGCAAUAUCUGGGGCAGAUUUUGCAUUACUCCCUGGCCAUGGUCAGGAAACUAUCUGCUGCUGCAAAGGAGGAUGAGAUGAAGAAAAGUCAUGAAAAAUUAUUGAGCGAGUUGGCUGCAAGUUCUGAAGUUAAUAAUGAUAAGGCUAUCAGCUCAUUUGUCAUUGCUGUCAUCAAAGGCCUGCGCUUCACUCUGGAAGAGAUAAAGGAACUGCAAGUAGAAGUGAGUAAGGCACAUAUUCAGCUGAUGCAACCAAUGAUAACAGGCUCUGCUGGAGUGGAGUAUCUGCAGAAGGCUUUCAAUGAUCGCUAUGGACCUCCUGCCAAUGCAUCAUCCUCUCUCCCUCUUACUCUGCAGUGGGUUUCAACAUCAAAGAACAUCGUUGAAGAAGAAUGGAGUGAACACCUGGGCGCUCUUUCAGUUCUACCAGCAGCAGAUCAUGCUCAGCCUCUUGUUACUGUGCUCCGAUCUGGACAUGGAGCUCCAGGGCCCCAAGCAGCUUCUUUGUCUGCAGCAGGUAGCUCAGGUUUGCCGGAGUGCAAGGGAGAUAAGAUUGACAAGCUCGUUAGGAUUGGCUUGUUACAGCUUAUUAGUGGUAUGGAGGGCUUGCAAUUGCAGUCAACUCCUGAGAGCUUCCAUCUUAAUUUCAUGAGAUUGAGGGCUGUGCAGGGUCAAUUUCAAGAAGUGAUUGUGAUGGCUACGAGCAUGCUCGUCCUGCGUCAAGUUCUGAUGAGUGAGAAUUCGAAGAUCACUCCCCUAGAACUGGAGAACGUCAUCUCAGAACUCUUCGGCACUCUGGUGAAGCUGCUGGAUAGCUCCCCUGAGGCCGGUACUGAAGAGAUCGUGGAGGCGAUGAUGAGCUCUUCAGCCUCAGCUGGCUCUGUGUCAGAUGAAAAGAUUCAGUCGAGGAGGCAGAUAAUAACCCGAGUGCUCCUUAAGAGCCUCCAGGAUGGCGACGUUGUCUUCAAGAAGGUCUCCCGGGCGGUCCAUUGCGCCUUCCGUGGUGUCGUUCUUGGUGGCAGCGGCAUGAAGGGCCAGAAGCUGGCCGAUGCAGCCUUGCGCCGCGUCGGUGCUGGGAAGCUUGCUGACCGGGUGGUGAAGGCGUCUGAAGUGCUGAUCAUGGUGGCAACGGUCACGGAGAAGGUCCACGGCCCAUGGUACAAUGCACUUGCCUGAAUGUGAAUAGUUUGAUCGGUUUUGUGAAUACGCUCGGUGGAUUGUAAAUUCUUGUUCCACUGGGUGGCAUUGGGAACAAGGCAUUGUACAGCAAUUUAUAGGUGUCCUUAGUAGGUUAGUUUAGCAUGUUCAGAAAUUCCUGGUGCAGGGCAAAUAUGGAUGUACCUGCAUCAGAAUUUAGUCGGGCACCAGAGAUGCUCAAUUGCAUCCGGGGGAAACGAUGUCACGUACAAUCGUAUAUGAUGGUGCAGUCAUUGUAAUAUAACAAUUGAAUAAUGUGAUUAAUUGUCUAUACUGUAAAUACUUU